AUGCCCGUCGAGGCGUCAGGCAAUCGAGCUGGCAUAUUCCACGUCCCCGCGCUCCCUACACUCUCGCAGGGUAGCAAAAAAGCAGCAUUUCCAGGCCUCUUUACAGAGCAACUGGAUGAAGUUCAGAACAAAUUGCAUCAUGUUUGCACAGAAAAAUGUGAAUUUCAAAACGUUUUACAACCACAGCGCCAUACUGCAACAGUCAGUGAAUGGUCCAACAUGGCAGGGGGACAAGAGCCCUUGAACUUAAUGGCAAAUUGUUUAGUUUGCCGCGUAUCGGCCCGUUCGUUCCAGAGCCGUGAUAAUGGGAUAACCUUCCAUAGGUUCCCUGCCACAAGAAGCGUGAUUUGUGCGAGAUGGAAGAAGUUUGCUGGCCUUGCAGAGGAUUACAAUGUGAAGUCUAAGCGUUUAUGCAGUCGUCAUUUUAGGGCGGAUGAUUUCGUUAAUAAGAGCCCCUUUAGGAAGAAUCUGCGCUGUGGUGCAGUACCAACUUUAUGUCAUCCAACCAACACUCCUUCAGAAGGAUCCGAACUAGCUUCUGCUCCAGCUCCCCUUGAAGACGAUUUGAAUGGUUCUGAAGAUCCUUCAAAAAAUGAUGGUAUGUUGGAUUCAAUUCUUUCAGAAACCUCUGAGAGUAAUGAUGAAUUUGUAUCUCAGAGCAAUAAUAUAUUGGAAUCUCAUAUUGAUCACCCGGAGGACAAUAACAAAUCUUCAAAUCAACUUCUAUUAGAUGAUGUGAGAAAAGAAUUGUGCCGUCUGUGUGGUCAGAAAGGGACAGUAUUAGCUCCAAUAUUUGUAUUACCAUCCCUGAAUGAAGAAGUCUCCAUAUCUUCAAAAAUUGAAAUGUAUCUUCCUUUUAAGGUUAAAAAACAGGAUCCACUGCCUACUCAUAUUUGUUUAAAUUGUUGUGAAACUGUUCAUCGUUGGCAUGAAUUGUAUGUUACUUCUGUAGCUGCGAAUGCAGUACUUUGGAAAACUUUUGGUGGAGAAUUUAAUGAGGAAACCUCAAAUGAUGCAGAUGAUGCCAUGAUAAGUGUGAAUGAAGAAAUUCAGGAAAAUGAAGCCAGUAAAAAUUCUGAAUUUGUAGCCGAUAUUGAAGAGGAGCCUUCAGUGCCUGAAGAACCUGAAGAAAAUGCUGACAUAAUUUGUGCUGAAUGUAAGAAAAACAAAACUGAAAUAAAAAUAUUAGAACAAAAAGAAUGGGAAGAGUUCAACGAAAAUUUUGUCACAGUACGUGAUUAUUCUUAUAAAUGUAGAUUCUGUUAUGAAUUGUUUAAAAAUUCAGAAGAUCGUAAGAAUCAUAUGGCAAUGUGUCGUCAGUUACCAACCAUUUGUGAAUUGUGUGGCCAGAAAGUUUUGUGUAGAAAAGAUUUGAGGAGACAUAUCAAUCUUAGACAUCUGAAAGUGGUAGCAAGUUGCAGAUAUGUGUGUGAUGUUUGUGGUAAGCUCUUUAAAUCUCAAUCUUACCUGAAGCUUCACAAAAUGCGUCAUGUAAAUCCUAUUUCUAAAACAUCUCCCAAAUACUAUUGUGAGCAUUGUUGUUCUGCAUUUCUGAAUGAGAAGUCUUACCGUCUGCACAAGGAGAGACAUGCAGAAGGAAAGAUAAAAUCUUUAUUUCAAAUUAAAACAUUUCAACCGGGGGAAGAUUCUAAAGGUUCAGUGAGUAUUUCAGUAUAUACAUGUCCUGUAUGUCAAGAUGUGUUUAAUGAUAUGUUGUCACUUGUGAUUCACUUGACAACAAAGAGGGCAAUGAAGUGUUCCUUGUGUCGCAAAGCAAUUCCUUGUGAAAAGCGGCUUCUGCUUCAUGUGUGUGGUGAGUGGACUUGUCAGUAUUGCGGAAAAACCUUCAAUAACAGGCAAAAAUGGAUUGAGCAUGAGCGGAUCCACACUGGAGAGCGACCUAUUAAAUGCAGGAUAUGUGAUAAAUCAUUCCGCUCUUGGCCUGCUCGAAAAAUUCAUGAAAACCGCCAUAAUCCACGUGUGUAUGAGUGUAAUUAUUGUGCAAAAACUUUCAAGAAUAAAUACAAGUUCCAGGAUCAUGUUGCAUGUCAUGAAGGGGCAGAAUUUUUGUGUGGAAUAUGUAAUAAAAAUUUCUGUGGGCGGAAAAGUCUCUGGAAACACAGGAGAACAAUUCAUAAAGAUGCUAGAGAAACCACUAGUUGAUACUGGGCGAUGCAAAUUAACAUUGUAAAUAAUUGUAUUUUGUACUUGUGAAUAAAUCAGAAAGUAUAAUUUCUUAACAGAAUUGUGUUAAUUAUUAAAAUUGUGAAUUUCAGAUUCAUAUGUGAAAUUGGUGUACACUGGGACUAAUUACGUGCAAAGUUAUUGGCGGAGUUAUAUUUUUGCUAUAUUAUCUAGCUGUAAAAUAGUAAUUUUUAAUCAUUGAUAAUUAUAAUUGUGAUUUUAAAACAAGUAUAUUGAUACCAAAGGUGUUUUAAUUAUAAUUUUAUUUAAUAAACUAAAAGUGUUUUGUUAAUUCCCAGAUAUUGGAAAUAUUCAAAGGUUAUGUCAAUUUACCUGUGAUAUCUGUUAAUUUUUCACUUGGCUCCAUGUAUUCCUGUAUAUUUACAGGCAAGACAAUUUGCUUACAUGAAAUAUCAAACAAACAAAAAAUCUUUUUUUUUUUUAAUUGUUCAACAUUCUCCUGGUUUUAUUGUGUAU